CCCAUUUUCGGUUUUGUUUUUAUUCCGUUCCUUGUUGUUAUUGUUUUUGUCCGUUCGGAUUUCUUAUGUGGGAAAUUUGUAGAUUCUAAGCGGCAAGGCAAGGCAAGUAAAGGAACCGGAAGCACGAUGAAUGCCCUGAGGCGCCUGGACCGCCUGAUGGCACCAACCGCCCGCCGCAGCGCCGCCAUCUCCACAUGCCUGUGGCCCCGCAGGAACCAAACCACGACGAGCUCCUCCGGAAGUCGCACCUCCAGCGCUUCGGUGAACGCGGCUGAGGUGCGGGGCGUGGCCCAGAUCCUGCGCCAGCAGAAGGGCAACCUGGGCCAGCCCACUAGCGUCUCGCAUCCGCACCUCAUUCAGCCUGAUGAGCUGGUUCCCGGCGUGGAGCUGGGCGAGAUUAAGGAGCGGCGCUUGCAGCUGAUGCAGAACAUCCGCGCCUAUGCGCGCAGCUUCGGCGGCGAGUUCAACGGCCACUCGAGUCCCUGCCACAUGUUCGUCCUGGGCGCCGCCUCCAAGAAGUAUAUGAGCGGCAAGAUCCCCUAUGUGUUUCGGCAGAAUUCAGACUUCUACUACCUCACCGGUUGCCUGGAGCCAGACGCCGUGCUCCUGCUGACCAUCGACGAGGCUCAAAACGUACAGUCCGAACUGUUCAUGCGCCCCAAGGAUCCGCAUGCCGAGCUCUGGGAUGGUCCGCGCACCGGGCCCGAGUUGGCCGUGCCGCUCUUCGGCGUCACGGAGGCCCAUCCGCUGUUCAUGCUAGAGUCAGUGCUGGCCAAGAGAGCUGCCGCCCUGAAGCCACACAUUUGGUUCGACAAGAAGACCUCCGAUCUGCCAUCGUUGGCGGAGGACAUGCUGCGCCUGAGUGGCGUGGAGCAGCGUCCGUUGUUGCCCGCCUACACUUUCCUGGAAGCCAUGCGACUGCUCAAAUCCCGCGCUGAGAUGCAGCUGAUGCGACGCACCUGCGACAUAGCCUCUCGCUCCUUCAACGAGGUGAUGGCCGAAACGCGGCCUGGACAAUCGGAGCAUCACCUGUUCGCGGCCAUUGACUACAAGUGCCGCAUGCGCAACGCCAGCCACCUGGCCUAUCCGCCCGUGGUGGCCGCCGGAAAGAAUGCCACAGUGAUCCACUACGUGAGCAAUAGCCAAUUGCUAGGGCCCCAGGAUAUGGUACUGAUGGACGCCGGCUGCGAGUACGGCGGCUACACCAGCGACAUCACACGCACGUGGCCGGCUGGCGGGCAGUUCACAGAGCCGCAGCGCACACUGUACGAGAUGCUGCACCAGCUGCAGGCCGAGAUCAUUGGCACCGUGAUGAAGCCGGGCGGCGAGACACUCGACCAACUGUUUGAGACCACCUGCUACAAGCUGGGCAAGUACCUCCAGGAGAUCGGCCUGGUGAGCAAGUCUGUGACCGACUACAAGGAGCUGGCCGGCCAGGGAUACCGCUUCUGUCCGCACCACGUCUCCCACUACCUGGGCAUGGACGUCCACGACACGCCACAUGUGCCGCGCAACACACGCAUCGUGCCCGGCAUGGUCUUCACCGUGGAGCCAGGCAUCUAUAUCGGUCAGGAUUGCGGCGACGUGCCGCCCGAGUUCCGAGGCAUUGGCAUCCGCAUCGAGGACGACCUGCUGAUCAACGAACACGGCCAGGUGGAGGUCCUCACGGAUGCCUGCGUCAAGGAUCCACGCGCUCUGCAGGAACUGUGCCAACAGCAGCAGAGGGAUUCGGAUUCUGGCGCUUCCGCAUCGUUGUGAUCCCUCAGAGCUUUAAAUUCCUAGUCAUAAGUCGGUGCGUCCUUCAAUCAUCGUCCCAAUAAUUUCGCACGCCAGUAGUCCUAGUCUUAAAGUAAAGGCAGCUGGUGUAUUUAUGAAUGCAUACAAGGCAAAUACAUUGUAAAUUCGA